AUCUCUCUCUCUCUCUCAUUUUUUAUUUUUCCAAUUUCCCAAUUCCCAAUUCCCAUUUGUUCAACAAUUUCUUUGUUUGUUUGUUUUUUUGGUUUUCUGUUGAAAAGUCCACGCAUCUCUACGCAAAUGUCUGUUUCCCUUCUUCUAUCCCACCUUCCUUCCAACUAUAUUACCUCUCCUAUGGCUAUGGAUGCCCACAUUUCUCCGCCUUUUUUUCAACUCCCUCUCCUUUUCACCUUCCCCCCCUCCUUUUCUCCUUCCUUCAAUCUUCCAUCUCCCUCUUUUCAUCCCCCCCCUUUUCUCCACUUCCUCUUCCUUUCUACUCAAUUCUCUUCACCUUUUUUCAUCUGGGAUUCUCUCCCAACGCGCUGACUUCCAUACCCACAGACCAUCAUAGCAAAAUAAUACCAAAGGGCAAUAUUCUAGUUGGACUUUUUGGACCGGUUUCAGGCUGGAAUCUGCUCUUUAAAGCGUAGGUUCUUUAGCUGAAGAAAGUGGCAAAUGCUAAAUUUUGGCAGAAGCAGAACUCAACCAAGGUCCAACAGAUCUUUAUCAUUAGGAGGUAUGGAUUAUUCAGAUCCCAAAAAGAAAAACAACGUUGUGGGAAAAUUUAUCCUGGCUGCCACUCUCACAGCUUUAUGCAUUAUCAUGCUUAAGCAAUCACCGGCUUUCAGUGCCCCAAGCCAGUUUGGCGUGCGUGAGCCAGGGGUAACUCAUGUGCUAGUAACAGGAGGUGCUGGAUACAUUGGUUCACAUGCUACACUAAGACUUCUGAAGGACAAUUAUCGUGUAACCAUUGUGGAUAACUUGUCACGAGGAAAUCUUGGUGCCGUGAGGGUUCUGCAAGAACUGUUUCCAGAACCUGGGAGGCUUCAAUUUAUAUAUGCCGACUUGGGAGACCCCAAAGCUGUUAACAAGAUAUUUUCAGAGAAUGCUUUUGAUGCUGUGAUGCAUUUUGCAGCGGUUGCUUACGUCGGUGAGAGCACUGUUGAUCCAUUGAAGUACUAUCACAAUAUCACAUCAAAUACCUUGACGCUUAUAGAGGCAAUGGCUGCCCAUCGUGUGAAAAAAUUGAUAUAUUCAAGUACAUGUGCCACAUAUGGGGAACCAGAUAAAAUGCCUAUCACCGAAGAAACUCCACAAGUUCCCAUCAAUCCUUAUGGGAAAGCCAAGAAGAUGGCCGAAGAUAUCAUAAAAGAUUUUUCCAAAAACUCAAAAAUGGCUGUCAUGAUCUUGCGAUACUUCAAUGUGAUUGGAUCAGACCCAGAGGGUAGGUUAGGUGAAGCUCCUAGACCUGAACUUCGUGAGCAGGGACGAAUAUCAGGUGCUUGCUUCGAUGCAGCUCGUGGCAUUAUUCCUGGACUCAAGGUCAGAGGAACAGACUACGCUACAGAUGAUGGAACUUGUGUAAGGGAUUACAUAGAUGUCACUGAUCUGGUUGACGCUCAUGUAAAAGCUCUUGCAAAGGCAAAGGCUGGAAAAGUUGGAAUAUAUAACGUUGGCACUGGAAAAGGUAGAUCAGUUAAGGAGUUUGUUGAAGCAUGCAAGAAGGCAACCGGGGUUACUAUCAAAGUUGAUUAUCUCGACCGUCGACCGGGUGAUUAUGCCAAAGUCUUUAGUGACCCAACAAAGAUAAAUAAGGAACUAAACUGGACAGCUCAGUACACAGAUCUUGAAAAAAGUUUAAAGGUAGCUUGGAGAUGGCAGAAGUCACAUCUUAAUGGUUAUGAAAACUCUUAAAUGGCUCCUCCAUAAAAGAAGAGAGCUUUUAAUUGGCCCGAGAAAGAACGUUGGGAAAUACCCUUUGAGGCAUCAAUUUCAGCUGUGCUUCUGCUGCUACUUCAGCAGCUGGAUUGGAGGCAGAGUAGUGGGAAUUUUUUUUCUCUUGUAUUCAAUUUUCACCUUUACAUGAAAUCACAUUCCUUACUUUAAUAUGCAUUAGUUAUAGGAAACAGCGUAUUUGUCUCAUGAACUCGAAACGAUAUAGUUGAGAAAAUAAAUGAUGUAUGUGCAGAAAUUUCCCUUCUCUUUCU